UUUGGUCUAUAUAAAAAAAAACCUGCGAAAAAUAACCUCCCCAAAAUAUUCAAUUUACUAUCACAUAAAGUCAAAAAGCAGCAAUUCUCGCAAAUGAGAGGCUGGAACCGUCAAACAUUUGGCAUUUUUGCUUAAAAAAUUACUUAAUUUCUGUUCUUUUAUAUCGAUAGACUAAUUGUUUAUCAAUUGACUAAAUGGUUCAACUCCAUAAACAACAUUUGUUUAUGGAGUUGAAACACACAAAAGGCCAAAUUAUAAUCCAAACAAGCCUAUAAACCAAACUAAUGUUAUAUAUGUGAUUACAGCUGCAAACUAUAUGGUGAAUAAAGCUAACUGAGCCUUUAGAUAAAAUACCAGUUUAACAUGUUUUCCACAUUGCUGUUUUAAUUGCCAUCAACACAUUUACUGAACAGACAUCCUGUUGCCGCUCAGUCGGGCGACCCCGCGUAUCGAAACGCGCGCACCCCGAGCUCCAGGCGGGACUUCCUCUCUGUUGCGGAUGCGAUAUUAGGGUGAGCAGGCAGAAAGGGCUUGGUCGGGGUGUCACCGGUCUAUCUGUGCGCCUCUGGACAGCACAUAACCUGGCUGACGACGCUGCUGCUGCUCAAGCCCCGUAGAUGAGUCUCCUCCUCGGCUAUGCUGCCCUGAGAGCGCCGCCGCGAGUAUCCGCCCUGCCAACAUGUCUGAUGUCAACAAGACUGUUCAGAAAUGGCACGCCAGUUUCAGAAAAGGCACAGACUUUGACUCGUGGGGACAAUUAGUGGAGGCUAUAGAUGAGUACCAAAUUCUGGCACGACAACUGCAAAAAGAAGUCCAGUCAACAAAUUCAUCAGACUUCACAGAGGAACAGAAGAAAACUUUAGGGAAGAUUGCAACAUGCCUGGAGAUGAGGAGUGCCAGUUUGCAGUGCACGCAGUCAAAGGAGGAGUUCAAGUUAGAAGACCUGAAGAAACUGGAAACCAUUAUUAAAAAUAUACUGACCUACAACAAAGAGUUUCCCUAUGAUGUCCAGCCGGUGCCCUUAAGGAAAAUCCUUGCUCCGGGUGAAGAGGAGAACCUCGAGCUGGAGGAGGAGGAGGAUGCUGCAGCAGGAGCAGGAUCUACAGAAGCUUUUCCCCCACGAGCUCCUGGUACCUUGUUGCCACGGUUACCUUCAGAGCCUGGGAUGACACUGCUUACAAUAAAGAUUGAAAAAAUUGGGUUGAAGGAUGCCGGGCAAUGCAUCGACCCUUACAUGACCAUUAGCGUCAAAGAUUUGAACGGUGUAGAUGUCAAUCCAGUCCAGGACACCCCAGUGGCCACCAGGAAGGAAGACACCUACAUUCACUUCAGUAUUGACGUAGAGAUCCAAAGGCAUGUGGAGAAAUUACCCAAAGGAGCAGCUAUCUUCUUUGAAUUCAAGCACUACAAACCCAAAAAGAGGUUUACCAGCACAAAAUGUUUUGCCUUCAUGGAAAUGGAUGAGAUCAAACCCGGACCCAUCGUAAUUGAACUGUACAAGAAGCCCACCGACUUCAAGAGGAAGAAACUGCAGCUUCUCACAAAGAAACCACUUUAUCUCCAUCUUCAUCAGACAUUGCACAAGGACAGCUAAGUUGGAGCACGCCCCGCCUUGAACCAUAAUCCACCUCUUUUUAUCUCUGUCGUACAGCCACAUCCAGCAAAAUGUGGUGUUUCACCUCAUUACAUCGAGCAAUACUAAAUCAAGGUCGUAGAUGUUUUUUUUCCAUGAGUAAGAAAGUUAAGUGAACUGAGCCAAACAUUAGUCACAUCUGCUCAGACUGCCACAUUAGUUUUUUUUCUUCAGAUUUCAUUUUAAGCACAUUCCCUUUUGUUGCAGGAAACCCUUCAUUCAAAAACUCAAAACCCCUAAAAUAACAGUGUUUCAACUAUUUGGAGAUACAGGGUUUUCAUAUGACACUAGGGGUACGAUGAAACCACCUCAUUGUCAGUCUUCCUUAAUUCACUGAUUUGGGGAAAUCUUGACUCACCAUGUUUGUGCUGUUGGACUUUGGUCAAUGGACUUCUGAACUUCUGUCAGUGGACUGCCAAAAAAUGUAGACUUGUUGACGAAGUCAUGGCACACAGUCCGCCUCAACAAGUCACUAAAAGUGCAUUCCUAAAUUCUAUCAUCGUCCAGCGAGUCUGGAGUGUGCUAUAAUUAUAGACUUUUACAGUGUUCAGUUAUAAUCAAUUAAUAAAUGGAUGAGUUUGAAUAUAAAAGCUAUUAUAAACUGAAUUAAAUUAGCAUUUAAACUAUGCAUUAUAAAACAUAAAGUUAAUAAAAGUAAUAAGAUAAUUACAUUUGCCAGUUUAUUAAUUUUCCUUAUACUUGCUUAAAUAAUUAACUGUUUAUUGUGAAAUCGAAUCACAAAUUUUAUUUUAAAAAGGCUUAUGAAUGUUACUUUUUGUUAUUCCGUUUACUAAUCUGUCUGCCUGUCAUGUUCCAUCUUACAAUCUGUUGACAGUUUUCCUAACAUUUAGUUUCCUUUUUAUUGCUUUAACUUAAAGGUUCCAUGCAGUGUUGUUGACCACUAGUGGUGCUAUGGAGCAAUGUUUUCCUUUUUUUUUUUUAAACUUCUUUUUAUUUCCUUUUAUCAAGUGCAAUCGUACAGUACAGUCACCUGUUCAGAGACACAACACAGGCAUAAAUGUCUUAGGGGGCAGUCCAUGGAUUUCAGCAUCUUCUCAAUGUCCAUAUAUGGUUUCCAUUCUCCAAAAAAAAACAAAAACGGGGGGGGGUCAAUACUGACAUUCGUCCAUGAGCAUGGAGAAACAAAUAAAUUAUAUAUAUAAAAAAACAUGUUCACUUUUAAAUGGGAAAAGAAAUCCACAGGAACUGUUUCAUUAUCUCUUAGAUCACAUCAGUUGAAAAAAUAUGAGAUAACUGGGGACCAUUUAGUCAGGAAUACAUCUGUUUUUAAUUGUAAUCUUGCAGUCAUGUUUUCUAUCUAGUAAAUAUCCUUAACUUUCUCCCUCUAUUGUGUUACCAUGGAGGGCAGCCUCGGCCAGGAGACUGUGAUUAUCUUUUUAGCAAUUAGAAGAAGUAGUCUGAUUGUAUGGAGCAAUGUUUUUAAGAGCAGGUCCAAAAAAAAAGUCUUAAUUAUUCCGGUGACACACUCCAGACUCCGUAAUGGUUUAGUGUUGGAUUCAGCAGUGGCAUUCAUAAAGUAACAUGGUGCAAUUAUGUGUUAUAUAUACAGUUAGUGUCUUUGACCAGAUGCCUCAGUGGACAUUUUUAGAGUAAUAAUUUUUACAAGUUGUGUUGGUCUUUUCUAAUUUCUCGCAAUAUUUGAUUUAAAUGGCAGAUCUUCAUACUCAGACUAGAAUUAAUGAGCUCAUGACCACGUCUCAGUGAAAGGUCCCCAUAAUCCUGACAGUCCCCACAUGUCAGUGUUAAUGCUUCACGGUGUACUGAAUGAAGUAAAUAAAGUUUUAUAAAUGCAUAGGCAGUAAAUUGGAUGCAGCAUGGUUUGCAUGCUGUGGAUGUGUAUUCUGUAUUCAGUGUGAGCCUUUGGUCAUGGCCCAGAUGUUUAACACCAGUUUUUUUCAGAAAUGCAGUGUUCCUGUUGAUUUAUGCAGAUUUUUAUCACCUGCCAGGAAGUGGUUUUUAAUCUCGUCUUAAUUUGCAGAUCAAAAAUAAUAAUUUUUCUAUCUACAUUUAUAUUUGACCAGUACUUACAUGGGACUGUGUCUAGAGGAUGCAUUUUAUUUUGGAUUGUGCUCUUGGACUGACUGACCAAGGAUUGUUUUUCUCUUCGGAUGUUACUCAGAAAAGCCCACUACUCUCAUUUUGAAAUGUCAUGUCACCCUGUUAUAAAGGGCUUUAUGAAAAUGAGGUUGCAUGUAACUUUAUAUAUUAUGUUUCCAGUCUGACUCUGCAGAUGUUCUUCUUCACUAAAACAUCUACAUUAUAAUAUUUGAUUUUAGAUUUUAUUUUUGUAAUGUCACAAUAUUCAGGACUGUAAAUUAACUGUAAGAUACACUAACUGAUGAAUAUACAGUAACUGUGUGUAUGUAUGAAGCGCUAUGAUGUGGUCGGACUGAGAACUGUUGAGUGUUUUAGUUUUGUUGACAGAUUGAGGGGAAUUGUAUCAAACAUUUACAAUGCUUUUAAUUUCUAAUAAACUACAAAUGAGGCUAUUUGGUGGAUGACUUCAUCUGAUGCAUCAUACACUGAACAGACAGCAUGUGUGGUUUCUGCCAAUACCAAGCCUUCUUUAACUAACUUGUUGUAUUUGUUAUAUUGCUCCAUCAAAGACUUAGGAAGAGUCUUAAAAAAGAGAUUAGGUUUUUCAUGUUCUCCAAAAACAAAGGGAACAAUGGCCUCCCUUCUCCUACAUCACUGGUAACAUUAUGUCAUCUGCCCAGUAUUUUUAACAUUAUUUUCAUUGGAUAACUGAAAAUAUUAAGUACAUCAUCUUAUCCUCGGAUGGAUUUCCAUGAAAUUUGUACAUCCAUGCUCCCUCAGGAUGAAUUGUAAUAAUUUUGGUGAUUCUGACUCUUCUAGCACCACCAUCAGGUCAAAUAUUAAAUUUGUCGAAUACUUUAAGACUAAAAUACCUGCAGAACAAAUGACAUUCCCAUCCGACUCUGCUGCACUUUGUGUUUUAGUUAAGAAUUUAAUUCAUUAGCAUUUAGCUCAAAGCACCACACCUCACAGAGCUGCUGGCAUUAUUAAUCCAUAACUGAUUAACUGUUCAAGUCAUUCAUCAAGCAAGAAUGUCUCAAAUGUGACAAUUUGCUGCUUUUCUUAGUUUUAUAUAAUUAUAAACUGAAUAUCUUCUGAGUUUUGUACUGUUGGUUGGGUGAAACGAGCAAUUUGAAGACGUCACCUUACGCUCCGGGAACCUUUGAUGGCCACUUGUCACUGCUUUGUGACAUUUUACAAAUUAUACAGUUAAUUAAUCAUUAAUAAAAAGCUUAGUUGCAGCACUUUACUGGAUUGUUUUUUCCAUUAUAAAAUGUAAUUCCAAGAAAAACUGCUCACAGUAAGGUCUCUGGAUUAUCCAGUGACAGGGGCACUGAUUCAGCAUUUUUUUUAUGCAUUUUUCAAGCAGUACGCACCACAAAUAGAAUUUCACCUCACUAUAUUUGGGUGGAGGCAGAGAUCUCAGAUGUCUCAAAAGCAAGCCAAGUAAAACCAAAGGUAUCUGAAUGUCUAAAUACCACUAGAUGUUAGUAAGAAUGUUUUCAUUUCGCCAUCCUAAAAUUACAGCUUCUGACUCAGCAACAGCUCAGAUGUAUGCCUUAUUUUUUCUAAAGCCACAUGUUGAAAACUAUAUAGACAGACGUGUGUAAAAUAGAUCCUCUGUAAGUGAACUGUAACCGGUUUAUAGCAUAACACCGACAGCUUUUACAUUCUUUAUUAUUAAAAGUUCUACCAACAUAGUAAAAUAAGUUAUACAUCUGGCCAUCAAAUUACACAUUUGCUUUACAGUCGGUUCUAAAGCAACAGCUUUGAGAAAAUUAUGGUAUUUCUGAAAUGCUAGAAGCUAAACCUCCCUCCUUUUCUCCUUGUUUAAAAUAAUUUCCACAGGAAAUGACAUUAAAAACAUUUCGCUCCUUAAAAAUCAUUGCUAUAUAUUUUUUAAAAGAUCAACACAAAUGAAAAACCUCUGGCAUAUAAUGAAUUGUUAUUGCACAAUAAGCUGUUUAAAAAGUGGCAACCCUCUCAACUCUUGACCAUAAUGAUUUCAGACACAUAAUUAUUGAUGAUGCUUUAAAUUUAAGGACCAUGUUUUUUUUUUGUUUUUUUUUU